ACCACUACAACCACAGAAUCUCCUACCACAACCACUACGGAGACACCAACCACAACGACAACCAUCACCACUACGACAACAACAACAGAAACCCCAACGACAACCACAGAAUCUCCUACCACAACCACAUCAUCAACAACAUCCACUGUAAGCCCAACCACAACAGAGACAACAACCACUACCACUACUACAACUACUGAAACCCCAACUACAACACCAACAACACCAACAACAACAGGAAGCACAACAACCAUAUCUCCGAAUCCCACCACUACAACCACAGAAUCUCCUACCACAACUACUACGGAGACACCAACCACAACAACAACCAUCACCACUACGACAACAACAACAGAAACCCCAACCACAACCACAGAAUCUCCUACCACAACCACUACAUCAACAACAUCCACUGUAAGCCCAACCACAACAUCUCCUACCACAACCACAUCAUCAACAACAUCCACUGUAAGCCCAACCACAACAGAGACACCAACCACAACAACCACUACCACUACUACAACUACUGAAACCCCAACUACAACACCAACAACAACAGGAAGCACAACCACUACAACCACAGAAUCUCCUACCACAACUACUACGGAGACACCAACCACAACAACAACCAUCACCACUACGACAACAACAACAGAAACCCCAACCACAACCACAGAAUCUCCUACCACAACCACUACAUCAACAACAUCCACUGUAAGCCCAACCACAACAUCUCCUACCACAACCACAUCAUCAACAACAUCCACUGUAAGCCCAACCACAACAGAGACACCAACCACAACAACCACUACCACUACUACAACUACUGAAACCCCAACUACAACACCAACAACACCAACAACAACAGGAAGCACAACAACCAUAUCUCCGAGCAUCACCACCACUACAACCACAGAAUCUCCUACCACAACCACUACGGAGACACCAACCACAACAACAACCAUCACCACUACGACAACAACAACAGAAACCCCAACCACAACCACAGAAUCUCCUACCACAACCACUACAUCAACAACAUCCACUGUAAGCCUGACCACAACGUCUCCUACCACAACCACAACAACCACUACCACUACUACA